UUGAUGCUAAUCUAUAAUUGAAUUAAAUAUGGCUAGCAUAGUUGGGAAGAUCAAGGACAUUAACUUCAGAGUAACCUCUGACUUACUUUAUGCUAAUAAGCUUGCUCCAGAAACAGCACAAGUUUUAUUCCAUAAUGUACUCUCAUUUGUAAAGAAUAUCUCUCCUUCUUGCGAUAUGACUGAGUUCUCACAAUUAUUGGAGGAUGAAGCACAGGGAAAUCUUGAUAGUGACAAGAUCCUUAGUGUUGAGCACCUUAAAAUACUUAGAUCAGCUCUGAUAGUAUUCUUUAAGAGCACUGAAAAGAACAAGGAUGAUCUCGAAGGUAUAAAGCAGUAUUGACAGAGCAAAAUAGGGUUCACCGAGCCUAUACUAGACGCCUUAAUGAAGUCAAUGGAGAAACACGCCAUACUUCCUAGGCAAGAAAUGAAAGUAAACAGGCUCCUUGACUUCAAAUGGGUUGUCCUCAAUGAAAUAAAAUCAAAUAAGAAAGAAGAUCUUAAGGAUGUCAGAGUACUUCUCUCCUUCAAAGUUGCAGAUGAUGAUGGAGAUUAUGUUAUCCAGAACCUUGACACUAACAUCGAAGAGGCUCUAGCCAUCAAGAACGAGCUCUCACAAGUCAUCGAUAUGCUUAAUUAGAGAAAUAGGCUAUCAAUUAUGUUGAGAUUCAAGUGCAAAUUUGGAUAUUAAUAUGCUCAAUAUUA